GCCACCGGGACGCACGCAACGCGACUCCUCCUCCUCACUCCCCAUCUCCUCCCGCUGAACGCCUCUCGCCGCCGGCGAUCGGAGCAGCGCCAGCGCGUCCUUCCGGCGCCCGCGGGGGCCUUCUGCGGACAUGGGGACGCGCCACCUCAUCACCGGCCAGAACAACUGCGCCCCGGACGGGGCGUCCUCCUCCAACCCAUUCGGCGCCCUCGCCAACACCCUCCUCGGCCAGUCCAACAAAGCGGAGUCACUAAGGGGACUUCCUGGAGCCUCAGUUAAUGUUCCAACUACGUCUGAUUAUAGCGGAGCUCCACUGUCUACUCUCCCUGGCUCUGAGAAUGAGUUCAAGCAAGAUCAACGACCAUUUGCAUGGGGUGCCGACUUCAGUCGUGGGGGUCCUGCUAAUGAUUGGGUUGGAUCUUUUCGCCCUCCGGGGCAUUCUGCAUUUGGAGGGCCAGAAGCAAACUUUGCAGAGUUUGAGCAAAUUUAUAACAAUGCAGGCCCUACCUUGGGACCGGCCUUGGAUGGUCCACCACAAAGGGUCUUAUCUGGUGUUCUGCAUUCUUUUAUUCUAAGUGGCCGAGCUGGUGUGCCAUUUCAAGCUGUCCCAGUACCAGCUCUUGGUUUGUCCGAAGCCGACAAGCAAUGUAUACGUGAUCGCAGCUUCAUAAUGGCACACCAUAUUUUGGCCGAUCAACCUGAAGAAUAUAUACAAGCACAGGUAAAUACAUUGCUGCAUUCUCUUGAUAUUGACAAUAGUGAUCGAAUGAAAAAUCCCCUGCAUGGGCCGUACCCAGAGAUGGAGGAGUACUGGAAUCAAUCCCAAAGUGCUUUGAGAUCUGGCCCAAUGCACAAUGUUGAAAAUAAUUGGAUUACUGAGUUUGGCAAGCAAAACAAUAACCCUGAGGGUUGGAUCACUGAGUUUGGCAAGCAAAAUAAUAACCCUGAGGGUUGGGCGCACUCUUUUGUGCAGCAAUAUGGUCCCAAUGGAUGGGCCUCUGAGUUUGAACAGCAUCAGUCUCAGAUGGCCAUGGGUCAGAUGGGAGGAGCGAACAUGGUGAAUCUCGCAGCUAUGCAGCAAUCCCGUAUGCUUGCAGAAACAUUAUCAAGUAACAAUGACCCAAAAUUCCAGAUGAGCCGUGGUGAACUUAUUAUAGAAGAUAACCAAGUAAAACAAGGUUCAGCAUCUCAAUCCAGUGACUGGGCUGAUGAAUUUCAAACACAGGAUAAUGCUAAUGCAAAUUCUUGGGCAGAUCAGUUUGUGCAUGAAGAGCUUUCACAAGGGUCCGAUAGUUGGGUUAGUGAGUUCUCUAGUGAACAGAAUCAGGGUGGGCUCAAAGAGAAGUGGGUCGAUGAGUUCUCCAAAUUGAAUGUGGAUGAUUGGGCAGAGGAGUUCAGUGGAGGAGCUUUUGGUGAGAGCUCUGCUGAUCCGUGGGCAGAUGAGUUUCAGAACCAACUGUCAGCUUCCAAAAGUUCUGGCUCUUCUCGAGGGGUUUAUGUUUCUUCUGAGAUGAACCCAUAUGUUGGUCACCCUAAUCCAAUGCAGGAAGUGCAGGAACUCUUUCGGAAGGGCCUCUUAAGUGAAGCUGCUCUUCCUCUGGAGGCUGAAGUUUUAAAGAACCCUGAUAAUGCUGAAGGUUCGAGGUUGCUUGGAGUAACACAUGCCGAAAAUGAUGAUGACCAGCAGUGGGAGCAGAAACAAAUACAGAUACCCGAAGGAGGUAUGGAGCGAAUACGGUAUGGACGUGUACACUAUCGCUGGAGGAAAAAGAACCCUUAAACUAUGCAGGAGUGGCGCAUCGGUGUGAGAAAGGUUUACCGGCAUAGAAGGGUGGAAAGUGGCGGUGGAAAAUUUGAAAUAUCCGAUAGUCAUAUUCAAGAAAACCAUAUAUUGCAAGUCAACAUUGGCAUCCGAACUAAAAUGAAAAUGGGUAUUGGAAAUAUCUGGAUUCUUUUUACAAAUACAAAUGUUGUAUGGGAUUUUGAAAAAUUUGGAUAUGGAAUUGGAUAUAUCCGUAUCUGAAAAAAAAGUUAGCCAAUUUAAACAAUUCUAGCCCUAUAUGCUAAGUAUUCCCUCCAUUUCUUUUUAGUCUGCGUAUACAAUUUGUUUGAAGUCAAACUUCGUAAAGUUUGACCAACUAUAUUAGAAAAAUAUCAAUAUUCAGAAUAUGAAAUCAAUAUUAGUAGAUGCAUCAUGAAAUUAAUUUUCAUACUAUAGAACUUUUGUAUUGUAAAUGUCGAUAUUUUUAAGAUAAAUUUGGUCAAACUUUACGUAGUUUGACUUCAGACAAAUUUUAUACGCAGAGUAAAAAAGAAACGGGGGGCGAGUAUCCAACAUAAGAGCAUCUCCAAUAGGUGCCCUAAAAUAGUGCAGGAUCACUUUUUAAUCACGAGGGGAAAACGCUGCUCCAACAGGUGCCAUAUAUGCAAAAGUUUUACUCCAAAUAUACAACACCCACACCAAGUGUUGCGAAUUUUGCAACACCAGGGGGACCACUCGGGACCGCACGAUUUGGUGUUGUAAAAAAGCACUCGGAAGGAGGUUUUUGGUGUUGUAAAAAAGCACUUUUAGGUGUUGCAAAUUUUGCUCCAACCAUAAUUUGGUGCCUUAUGGGCACGUAUUGGAGAUGCUCUAAAGGCCUAAAAAGUUGUUGAAUCUUACUUUUUUUUGUAUGAUUCAACUUAGAAACUAUUAUGCAUUAUAGUGGUAUGUAUUGGGUUUCACGCACCAACCAGUUGCUCCAAAAGUCCAAACUGAUGGAGAAGGUUGGGCAUUCCACAUAUACUUCAACACCCCCACUCGUGUGCAGUCUCUCUGUCUUGCUGCGUGCCUCAAAUGUGGAAGGGAGCGAGCAGCAAUUGUAGAAAACAAUCACACUAGCCAGGACUCGAACUCGAGACCUCUGUCUCUGAUAGCACACCAUGCUUCAUGCACCAACCAGUUGCUCCAAAAGUCCGAAUUGAUGGAGAAGGUUGGGCAUUCCCCAUAUACUUCAACAGUGUUUCUCCGUCUACUGGUCUAUCAUUGAUUUAUUGUAUGGUGCGAGUCGAUCGUCUAUCAUUGAUUUAUCGUAUGGUGCGAGUCGAUCAUCUUAGGUCACAUAAUUGUUGACUUAUUUCUUUUACCUAAUAUGGCACUAAAUUAUAAGAUAUUUGCAUCGGUUCUGAAUUGAGAAAACACCUGAUCCGUAUCCAUAUUCGAGUAACAUCCGCUCCGUAUUCGUAUUCAGCAUUCAUCUUUGUUUUUGAAAUAUGAAAACGGAAGUGGGAAGGGCACUAUCCAAUCCGUUUCCACCCCUAUCGGCAUAGGGCAUCGACGUCAACGGAGGAGGGCAGUGAGCCCGCGACAGACGAUGGUGGUGGAGGCGCUCUGCUUGCCAUCGCACCGCAGCAAGGAUGGAUGGGUGGCAGCGUGUGGGCUCGGGAUGAUUGGAUGUGCUCGCCUGCUCUGUCCUUUGUCAAUUAGGGACAGAGGAUUAGGUUAAGGUUGUAUUUACAUUCCGGUGGCCCACACAUUGCAUGUGUGCUUGUUCAUUGUUGCCUGCUCGAUUAUUGGGCCACACACAGCCAUGGUAAUAACGGAAAUUUCCGUAUUUAUGGAAACAGAUAUUUCAUUUUCGUGUCUGCUCUGCCGAAAAAUGUUGUACCGUUUUUGUUUCCCUUUCUGCCUAAGAAAUUCCGUUGCCCAAGAUUUCCAAUUCCACAUUUUUUUUUCCGUUUUUCUGCGGACCAGACGGAAAGAUUCCGCUCCUUUUUCAUCCCUAUACCAAGUAUUAUAUACUACAUGUUUGGCAUAUGUUGAACGGAUUAUUGUCACUAUGGUAGUCCAGCAUGGAUGUAUUGGAUGCAUCAUAUUUGUUCAUUACCGAGUUUAGAUCAUUUUCAAGGAAUAUUGUUUUAUCUUGUCUGAAAGGCCAAAGCAAUAUGCUAAUUCUCGUGACUAAUGAUGUGAACCAUUCUCUAAUGUAGUUUACCUCACAAGAAUUAGAUAUUCAUAUAUACAAAAUAAAUAACGAAUGUUAGUUCUAAGAAUCUUGGGGUAUGCGGGAUGGGCUCCAUGCUUCUUCUUUGCUAAAAGAGUCUGCUAUUAUUAAUU